CGGUCGAAUGACGUCAGAGGAAGCCUUGCCCCGGUAAACUGUCACUCAAGACCGAGAGUCGAGGAGGGCAUGAGCAGCAAGGAGACUGAUCCUCUCAUGUUGUACACUUAUUUAUGCGGGGCGUUUUGUAUUUAUGUGCUCCCCUCCCCAACUUCGGGAGUCUCCUUUCCUUCGUGUCGACAAACAUUUAGCCUAGCUCGCUAGGUAAGGAAAACAAGUCAAAGGUAGCUGCGAGACAGACAAAGCCUGAAAGCCUCCACAUGGCGUUAAUCCUGUUGACGAGGUCCAGGGCACCGUUAAUGACAACUUCCAGGUCGUUAAACAACGACCUACGCAAAGCCAAAGGGAAACUACAAGAUGCUUCCUGCUUCAACUGCGCUGCGCUAAGAGUCUACAGUCAGAGACUCGACGGUUUCCGACUAGUCGGCGCGGGCCCGCUCUCUCAGUCGGGCCCCUCGGUCUUCUCAUCCGACGGCCCGCGCCGCCUGUUGAGCGCCUUCGUCCCCCGGUCUUCCCCUUCGCCGUACCCGGCCACUUCCACCGGGACGGGACCGCGGCGGCGGGAUGUCCCCGGCGUCCGGCAGAUACACGUCUCGCCGGCGAGGCGGGACGACUCCAAGGUGGAGAAGUCCCUGCGCUCGCUGAAGGACAAGAAGAAGCUGGAGGAAGGGGGACCGGUGUACAGCCCCGCUCUGGACGCCGAGCCCGUCAGGCGCACGCUGCGGCAGAGGGUGGUGGACGAAAUCAAGCAUUACUACCACGGCUUCAGGCUGCUGUUUGUGGACACCGGGAUCGCCGGACGCAUGCUGUGGCGAGUGCUCAACGGACACGGCCUAUCCCGCCGGGAGAGGAGACAGUUCCUCCGCACCUGUGCGGACGUCUUCCGCCUGCUCCCCUUCCUGGUGUUCAUCAUCGUCCCCUUCAUGGAGUUCCUGCUGCCCGUCGCGCUCAAGCUCUUCCCCAACAUGCUGCCGUCCACCUUCGAGACGCAGUCCAAGAAGGAGGAGAGGUUGAAAAAGGAGCUGCGCGUCAAGCUGGAGAUGGCCAAGUUCUUGCAGGACACCAUUGAGGAAAUCGCUUUGCGCAACAAGGCGGCCCAAGAUGACGUCGCCGAGGAGUUCUCCACAUUUUUCCAGAAGAUCCGAAACUCCGGCGAGCGUCCCAGCAACGAGCAGAUCUUGCGCUUCUCCAAACUGUUCGAGGACGAGCUGACGCUGGACAACCUGACCCGGCCCCAGCUGGUGGCGCUGUGCCGCCUGCUGGAGCUGCAGUCCAUCGGCACCAACAACUUCCUGCGCUUCCAGCUCAUCAUGAAGCUGAGGAACAUCCGCGCAGACGACAAGCUGAUCGCCGAGGAGGGCGUGGCGAGCCUCAGCGUCAACGAGGUGCAGGCCGCUUGUCGGGUUCGAGGGAUGAGAUCGCUGGGCGUCACCGAGGAGCGACUCCGGGAGCAGCUCGGCCAGUGGCUGGAGCUUCAUCUGAAGCAGCAGAUCCCCACCUCCCUGCUGCUGCUUUCGCGAGCCAUGUACCUCCCCGACACGCUGUCCCCCGCCGACCAGCUGAAGACCACCCUGCAGACGCUCCCCGAGAUGGUGACGAAGGAGGCCCAGAUGAUGGUGGCCGAGAUGGAGCUGUCCAAAGUGGACAACAAGACCAAAGUGGAGACCACGCUGCAGGAGGAGGCGGCCAUACGCCAGGACAACAAGGACAGGGAGAUGGAGAGGCUGGCCGACGCCGCAGAGAAGGCUGCCAGGGACAGUGAGGAGCUGGAGGCCGAACGAAGUGGGCAGACGCCGUCUCAGGCCGACGAGCUCAGGGACACGGCACCCGUCCUCGAAGGAGUUAAAUUUGAACAGUGGCAGACAUUCCUGCGUUACCAGGGUGAGGAGAUCACCAAAGAGGAGAUCGACAUGAUCAGCGACGCCUGCUCCAAGCUGAAGGAGCAGAAGAAGCUGCUGACUCUGGAGAAGGAGGAGCUGGAGGAACUCAAGGACGACGUGCUGGAGUACAAUGAGGACCUGGAGGAGAUCAAGAAGGAGCUCUCCAAGACGGGCCAGGAGAAGGCGGUGUGCGAAUCCAAGGCCAGCCGGCGUCUGUCCAAGAGGGUCAACCGCAUGAUCGGACGCAUCGACAAGAUCAUCGGCGAGCUGGAGAAGGACAAGGUCAUCCUGGACGGACAGAUGGGCAGCGGAACCACGCCGCCCAUCGGUCUCUUCUACACCUUCAGGGAGAACCUGAUCAGCAUCGACGAGCUCAUCGGCGUCAUGCGGCAGAUCCAGAACAUUCCCGAGCACAAGCUGCAGAGGAUCGCCGAGGCGCUGGACGACAACAAGGACGGCAAGAUUGACAUCGACGAUGUCAUCAAGGUGGUCGAGCUCAUCGACAAGGAGGACAUCGACAUCUCCACCACCCAGGUGUCCGACAUCAUGGUAAUGCUGCAGAAGGAGGAGAAGCUGGUGGAGAAGGAGAAGGCCAAGGAGAAGGCGGAGAAGGAGCAGGCGGCCAAGCUCAACGGCUAGAAGAAGAUGAAGAAGGUGGCGGCCGUGAACCGCCUGUGGCGGAAGGUAUACCAACAAAACAAAAACUGCCUUCUGAAAAUGUACUUCUGCCACAAAGUGAACAAGCUCCUACUGCCUUUAAAAGGCACCACGUCAAAGAAAUGUCGACUGAUGGUGUAAAUUACACUCUAGUCGUGUUUUGUUAUUUAUUGGACCAGGGGGCAUGUUGGAAGCACUCGUUUCCGCAGCAGGAUGACAGCAAAGAACACAUCAAAAACCUAAAAAGAAAUAAUAAUAAUAAUAAUAAUAAUAAUAACAUCAAGAGAUUGAGUGUGAACAAUCGGGGACGAGCGAUGCUUUCUGCACUUUAGUAACAAACAUCACUAUCAGUCCUGCGCUUUGUUCAUUCUUCACAUUUGGAUUUGUACAUGAACGUGUGUCACUUCAACCAAAGAAGAUUCCCUUCAAACCAUUUCAUUUUUGCACUGCUUCUUCAUCAUCAUCAUCAUUAUUCAGUGCAUUGACUGACAGCUGUCAAUCACUCUGGCAGCAGAGGCUUGCACGUCGACUUGAGCGAUCUUCGAAGUGGCCAUGAAGGGGACGUUGUCGUUCUGCGGGCGCCAUGGUUACGUACGUGCCGACUUUCUUGUAACGCGAACAUUUCAAGUUCCAGUUGAACUUAAAUGAGUCGAGGGGGUCGAGCAUAAAACGCAAAUAACUGAUAUGCAAAUCAAAGGUGAGGCCGUGUUCACACUCACAACAAACAAAAUUGAGUGCCGUUGCUGUGCUAGAACUCGCAAGUGAACCCCAGUGUGGUUUGGUUCACUUGAGCUCAAGUGUGGAAAAAGAGCUAAGUACUAGAGCUAAUGUACGCAUUAUUAUUAUUAUUAUUUUUGUUUCAAAUUUUGGCCCAGAUCAGCACUGCUAGUGUUGCCAAGCAAGUGAGCCAAGACCACCUGCAAGUGACCUCUGGCACGGUUCAGUUCACAUGACCUCAAGUGCGAACGCCGCACAGAUCAAAAUGUCGUUUGAUGUGAAUAUCAGUGUUCAUUUUGGUCCCGGCCAAAUCUGCUAAUCUAGCAAACUAGCUGGCUGAGAUGGCUUGCAAGUGAACUCUGGCGCGGUUCGGGUCACUUCAGCUCAAAGGUCAGCUCCAACCCUGGCACCAUUUAUUUUAAAUUUUUUCAAAUGUUGGUCCAGACCAACUCUGCGAGUGACCGCUAGCAAGUGAACUCAGGUGCAGUUCAGUUCACGUGAGUUCAAAUGCGGACGUCACACAGGGCAAAGACACGGAGCAGCUUGAGGGUGACCAAAUAUCGGUGUUCAUUUUUGUCCCGGCCAAAUCUGCCAGCGUCACGAAACAAGUAGCCCGAGACCGCUUGCAAGCGAACUCUGGCGCGCUCGUUCCACUUGAGCUCAAAUGUGAAAACUACUUGGAUCAAAGACAUGUCACUGGAACCCCGGCGCCAUCUUUUAUUUUGACAGGAGCAGAGUGCCGAACUGUGAACAAACACAGGGCUCUAAUACCCCUUUCAAACUGAGCCGGUACCUGCGCUGGAACCUUAAUUAGCAGCAGUUCUUUCCACGCUAUCAGGAAGUCUUGGCUCCAACAUGCACCCUCCAAACCGGUCUGACGAGGUGUGCAAGCUGGCAUGUGGCACAGCACCCAAACCACAACGUGGCGCCAGCUCAGUGCCAAAGUUAGUCCAAUCCGACAGAGGAGCAUUACCAGUUUCUGUCAACGGGGGGCGCCGGCGUUGGGAAACGGUACAGAAGGUCCCUACGGGAAGCUGUUUGACCAUUUAUUCAAUAUCCUUGACAUCCGUUCUAAGGACCAUGUACGAGUACACGCUUCAGUGUACUAGUACAACGAGGGCUCACUAGUGGAACAACUUUGUCUUACUGGCAAUGUUUUUUUCCACCGCUAGUACUACUUUUGACCUACGAGUACAACCUUAAGCUGGAUAGUUGGCAAUGUUUGAGCAUUUAUUUCAUAUCCAGCUCCUCACUAGUACAACAACUCUGGCAUACUUUGAAAACUAUGCACGAGUUGACAACUGCGUGCCAGUAGUACUACUAUUGUUGCAGCAGGGUACGAAGGAUCGAGAAUAAAUGCUCCAAGGGCUUCCCGUAGAUCUCAGAUCGGGCUUUCUUCGGAAAGCCAAUCAGGUUAUUUUGGCUCACGUCAUUGCAAGUUUGAUCGCGGCUCUGACUAUUUCUUGGGAUGUGUUUGCAUCGCAUAAGACUCAAACCGUCCUCGGAACAAACGCAAUAAGCACAUAUGCAUUCAAAAUGUUUUCAUUAUUAUUAUUUAGUGGAAAGGGAGCAGAAGUGCUUGUUGUGAGUUGUUUUUAUGAUUAUUUUGUGCUAUUUGCUUUGGUGCAGCUGUGGUGGCGAUCAAAAAGGCAGCUGGGAAUGAGCGAGAAGCUGAAAAUGACAAAAAAAAAAAGCAUUGUACAUACACGAUGGAUUCCAUUUGUUUUUAUUAUCAUGUAAACGAAUGGCUUCUCCUGGAAAUGAAUGGCGUAGUCGAACUUUUGACAGCUUGUUGAUUGUCGCCACAGUGAUUGUAACGCAACUGAAAUGACUUGCAAAUCAUAUUUACACCAAAAAAAAGGAAAACUAUUUGCUGUGUUGUAUCACUGCACAUGAUUUGUAGAUUAUUUUGAAAUCAUUUUUAUUAUUUAUUUAAUCUUAAUGCAACUUUGGUGAUUUUUUUUUUUUUUUUUUUUUUUAAGGAAGUUAUACUUGAAAUGUUGGGGGGGGGAAUGCUUCACUCCCCAAUCAAAUGAAUAUCAUUGUAAAAAAUAUAAAAACAAGUAAAAACCACAACGUACUAAAAGUGAAAUAAAUAACACAAUGCUCCUGGA